AUGCAGGAGUUACGCCAUAGGGUCCAGAACCUGGAACGACAACUAGCCGAUCAGGAGCGCGAUCGACGAAGCACAGAUCCUAGCUACCUCCCGUCCCCUGAAAGCCGGGAGCGAGAUUCCCGCCAGAGUCUCCCCCGGCACGCCUCCGCAUCCAGAACGGAAGUGGAAAGCACCCGAGAAGAUUCGCCCAUCCCGAGAAGACGAAACGACACAAUCAUCUACUCUCGAGGCAAGAAAAUGUGUCACCCGGGACAAGACCGCGAAGACAGAGAAGGGAGGCCUAUGAGGACGCAGCGACCCGUGAUAAUGGGCGCCACCCUGUUCCAUCGGUCCAUCCUUGAGGUCCGGUUGCCGAAGCACUUCGACAAACCAACGGACAUGAGGUACGAUAGAACCCAAGACCCUAUGGAGCACCUCACGGCCUUCAAGGCUAGAAUGAAUCUGGAGGGAGCAGGAGACGAGGUGAGGUGCCGGGCCUUCCCGGUCACCUUGGCUGGACCUGCGAUCCGGUGGUUUAACAGCCUCCCGCAAGGAUCCAUCUAUGGGUUUUCGGACAUCAGCCGUGCCUUCCUAGCUCAAUUCACAACACGAAUAGCAAAGGCAAAGCACCCGAUCAAUCUGCUCGGGAUAACCCAAAGGUCUGAGGAGACGACCAGAAAAUACCUGGACUGCUUCAACGACGAAUGCUUGAAAAUUGACGGCCUAACCGACUCGGUGGCCAGCCUCUGUUUGACGAACGGCCUCCUGAACGAGGAUUUCCGAAAACACCUCACCACGAAACCGAUUUGGACGAUGAACGAAAUCCAAACGGUAGCUAAGGAAUACAUAAAUGACGAGGAGGUGAGCCAGGUCGUGGCUGCCAAUAGGCAGCAAGGUAACGGAGAGAGACAAAAAGAACAAGGCGGAGGGCCGAGCAAGGCACCCAGAACGUUUCCUCGGAUUGGGAAAUUCACCAACUACACUCCACUCACUCUCCCCAUCAUGGAAGUUUACCAGCAAAUAGCCGAGAAAGGAAUCUUGUCGAAGCCCCGACCACUCAAGGACCGCACGGGGGGAAACAAGAGCCUCUACUGUGACUACCACAAGGGCUAUGGGCACCAAACACAGACCUAA